UAUAUUAUUAAUUUUUAAAAUGUCAAUGUUAAGAGGAAUGUCUGGAAUAAUAAGAAGUUAUGCGAUUUUUAACACAAAAAAGUCCAAAAAUGUUAUUAUUAACAUCACAAGAACCAAUAAAACAUUUACGCAUUCUAUACGAGUACAAAAUUCUAAGAGUAAGGAACCAGGCGAAUUGAUAAAAUGGAUGUUAUUGAUGAUACCAGGGACAUCCUUCGGUUUAGGCUGUUGGCAAGUUUAUCGUCUGCAAUGGAAAUUGGAGUUAAUAGAUAUGCUUCAGGCAAAGUCAAACUCCGAGCCAGUACCAAUGCCGCAUGAUUUUAAAGAACUUGAAAGGAUGGAAUAUAGACCUGUUAAAGUGAAAGGAGAGUUUCUUCAUGAUAACGAAAUUCUUAUUGGUCCUCGAGCUUUGAUUGAAAAUAAUGUAAUGUUACAAAGGACUGGAUCUCUAAUAUCAGAUCCCAAAAAAAAUCAAGGCUGGCUAGUUGUUACACCAUUUAAAUUAUCAGAUACUGGAGAAAUUAUUUUAAUAAAUCGUGGCUGGAUUCCUCAAAGUUUGCGUCCUAAAGAAAAAAGACAGGCUUCAAUGGUAAAGGGUGAGGUUGAAUUGACCGGUAUUGUUCGACUUACAGAAGUACGAAGUCCUUUUAUGCCCAAAAACAAUCCAGAGAAAAAUUCAUGGCUUUACAGAGACUUGGUCCAAAUGAGUGCCCACUUUGAUUGUGCUCCAGUUUGGCUAGACGCUAAGGGCAUACCAGAUCCACCAGAAGGUUGGCCACUUCCUAAUCAAACAAGAGUCACCAUGAGAAAUGAGCACUUUUCAUACCUCGUUACAUGGUAUAUGUUAUCAGCUUUCACAGCUGUUAUGUGGCAUCGUUAUUUUAUAAGGAAACUACCGUUGCUGUAAAUUGUGUUUCUGUACUUGUGUAAGAAUAAUCAAUAUUAAUAGAAAAAUACAUUAAAUGAGUAUAUAUACAUAAUAUUA